CGACGGCCCCGACGGAUCUUCCCCCCGGCUUUGUGCUCCAUCCGAACCCUGCAGUCGCCGCGCGCCGCCCCGGGUCCCCAAAGGCGCUCAUUUCCGGACCGUCGGUCUCCCGGGUCGCUGCGGCUGCCUUUGCCCCGGCACUUCCCAGAGCCGCUACCUCCCUGUUCGUGGCCGAGUUACUCCCCAAAAUGCCCGUGGACUUCACCGGGUACUGGAAGAUGUUGAGCAACGAGAACUUCGAGGAGUACCUGCGCGCGCUCGAUGUCAACGUGGCCUUGCGCAAAAUCGCCAACUUGCUGAAGCCAGACAAAGAGAUCGUGCAGGAGGGAGACCACAUGAUCAUCCGCACGCUGAGCACUUUUAGAAACUACAUCAUGGACUUUCAGAUUGGGAAGGAGUUUGAGGAGGAUCUGACCGGUAUCGAUGACCGCAAGUGCAUGUAUCAGAGAGCUCUCCAAGGAAUGUCGGUCACGUGUGACGCCCAUGAUCUUGAGAACAUUCUGCUGUGUCUGAAGAAUGUCUUCAGUAGGAAUUCCAUCACUAUGGGGAACUCAUAAAAAGAUGAAAUACUCUUACCUUGCAAAGUUGCUCCAGACAUGAGGUGUCCUCAAGUUGACACAUCCCAGUAAAGUGCUUUGGGAAGAGAAGCAUGUCAGGAGGGUAGCCCAUGUGAACUAGCCUCUGCAAAUGGUAGUGACAGAGGAAGUGGCUUUGGGCUGCCACUAUGGUGGAACUUCCUGGAUCUGGUGUCAUGGAUAGUGUCUACACUGGCAGUCGAUGCUGAAUCAUAGUGCAGUGUUGUUCACGCUCUACUCCCCCACGUGUAGCUUUCAAGCUUGACUCUAGAGAACUGUGAGUUACCUAAGAAUCUUUCACAAAUUUCUUUUCCAUAUAAGAUAAGGUAGAUUGUGUUCGAAAUGAAGAAUGUGAGCAUGUUGUAAUAGUUCUUGCCUAUAAUCCCAGCACUCUGGAGGACUGCCAGCAGUUUGAGGACAGACUGAGCUGCAUAAUGAGCUCCAGAAAUGCCUGGGCUACAUAGAAAGACUGCCCAAACAAACAAACAAAAACCACUGAAUCCUACACCUUUGAGUGUUACCAUCUCAUAAUUCUCCCUUCUCUGCUGAGACGAAUGCUUUCAUAUUCCUCCAGAAUAGGGAGAGACAGGUAUAUUCACAACUAUAUUUUCUAGCUUGGCUCAUCAGCCAGGGUAGAUUGGACAGGGGUAGAGAGAACCUGACCCUUGAAGACCAAUCAGAUGAACUAUCCUGGGAACUGGGAUAUAGUGUUAAUGGUCAGUCUUUGUUGCUUCAGUUGAGGAAGCAAGGCCUGGGAUUGCAGCAGGAGAGAGGUAAGAGAGGCAUGUUGUACCUGGUGGACAGAAAGGCAGAGAGAAGAGUCAUGUAAUGUGUACAGAGAAGCCUGGGAAGGCAGCUGUUGCAUAGAACUGUUCUCCAAAAGGCAGACCAUGGGCAGAUGCCUUCUUCCCAAGCAUGACUUGCACCCACUUGCCUAAGACCAUGACAGCUAGGUUUGUGACUAUUAUACGCCACAGGAAAGGAGGGGCAUGGAAAGUCAGCCACACCUCCCAACCAACCAGUCAGUCAUAGUUACACAAGGGGAAGGAACUAAGGGUAUGUAAGCUGAGGAAGUUGUGGAGAGGGUCUCUUGCCAUUUUGUGAGACUGUGGGAAAGUCACAGUCCACACUUGGAUGAAGACUUUCCAGCAUGGCCUCCUAAGGAGAGCACCCACACUUCUGCAAAUAAACCCUCAUUGCUUUGUAAGUAAGCACAAUAAAAUGCACUGGUUUCCCAGACGA